AUGGAGAGGAACAGUUUUAGCAGCAACUUGAAAGAUCAUAGUAUUGGCAGUGAAGCGUGCAACAACACUAACAGCAACAAGAAGCUCAGAGAUUCAUGGAACCUUAGCAGCUGCCAAAGCUUUGGAGAAGAUUAUCUUGAUAGUCUUUCAUGGCCUCCAAGAUCGUACACGUGUAGCUUCUGCAGAAGGGAAUUUAAAUCUGCUCAAGCUCUUGGCGGUCACAUGAAUGUUCAUAGGAGAGAUAGAGCCAGGUUAAGAAGGUCACCUCCAAGGGACGCUCAGUGUCCUGUUCCGAACCUUAACCCUAACCCUAGUUUACGUCCUCCAUUCACUCGCACAUUACCAUCCUUGGUGUCUCCUCCUCUUUCUGCACUAUCUACACCACUUUUAGCUUCUGAAGUCAAGAAAUGGACCAUUGAUGGUACCCCUCUUGACCCUUCAAGCUCUGAACUUUCUGAUUUAACAACAACGGGAACCAGAAAAUCCUUCUUCACAACUGAAAACUUUGGUGGUUUCACACAACAAGAUGGAUUCAAGAUCUGGAAGAAGGCUGAGACUGUGAGGUUAGAUUUGGAGAUUGGUCUUGUUCGUGACUCCAAGGAUGAAUUGGAUUUGGAACUUCGACUGGGAUCUCUUAAUUAG